CGGGCCGCCGGCAUCCGCGUUCUAUCCGUCUAUCAUCCGCUCCGUCGCGCCCUCCCUGAUCUCUCGCCGCUGUGUCGCCUCUUCCCCAUCCCUCCUCGCCCCCUGUAAGAGUUACCUUCCUCCACGUAGGGGGGCGAUAUCCCUCUUCUUCUUCCUCCUCCUGGUCCCUUCCUCCUGGCCUCCUCCUCCUGGCCUUUUCCUCUCUCUCUCUCUCUCCCUUUCUCGCUUCCCGCCGCAGGUACGAUUCCGUGACACGCGUCUCCACUUCCGGCCGCCGAAAAGUGAAUUCUCAGGUAACGGGUCUGCCGGAGGCGAGCCAGUGCCAGUUGACCGAUCCUUUAGGAUACACAGCUCUCGGGGGUGUCGUCGUAAAGUGCGCGAGCAGGGCUCCGGGGUGAGGACGCGCGCGCGCGGCCGCCCGCCCGCGAGAGACCGCGAGUGCGCCGCAGGUGCUCCGGAAACGCGCCACGUGCUGCCGCGACGUCAUCUCGCCGAUAGUCGCGACGCGUGUGUUCCAGGUAAAAGAGCGAGAGAGAGAGAGAGAGAGAGAGAAACGUCGACGGAUGUCGACGAGGUUGCCUUUCAUUAGCGAGAAACACGUUCGAUUCAGCGCCAAUCAUGCGGUACCUACUGAUGCUCCAGAUACUAAUCGCCGUGGUGCAGCCCAACCUUGAAGCCCGGCAGCGUGCAUCGAACGUUAGAGGUGUGUACACACUGCAGGAACAUAUAGGCGAUCACGAGAUCGUAAUACCGCGGAAGGUGAAUCAUCAGGGCGAUUUGAUCUCGCAUAAUGUAACGCAUCAUCACCACAAGGACGGGCCAAUCGUUCAUUAUCGAGUGGCAGUGGCCGGUAACGAGUACCACAUCGAAUUGACAGCGGCCGACAACUUCGUCGGCCGCGCGAUGGUCGUGGAAAGGCGAAAGCGGGAUCUGUACGUUCGCAACCCGGCGAAAAGUCACGGCAGCAAAUGUCAUUAUCGGGGAUUCAUUAAGGGCCAUCGGAAUUCCCGCGUCGCCCUGUCCGCCUGCGACGGUCUGGCGGGCAUGCUGCACGGCGACCACGGCGAGUUCUGGCUGGAACCAGUCGCCGUGUCCCUGGAAGAAAAACGCGGCGUGUCGCCGGACGGGGACUUAGGCGCCGGCGGUGCCCGCCGCUCGUCGUCGGUCUAUCAGGGUCCGACGGCGGGCCGGCCUCACCUAAUCUUCCGCCGCUCGGCCGAGCAACGGCAGCUCAAGAUCGGCGUCGGCGGCCGUGGCAAGCGACGGCGCAAAAAGAAGAGGAGACAGGAGAGAAACUGCGGCACCCGCGAACCGCGUCGAUUGACAGAGACGCGGCUCGAAUGGCAAACUCAACCGGGCCUGGUCCAGGUUCAAGGCCGUGGCCGAAGGAAACAUCAAACGAAGCUACCAAGGUGGCACCGUUCCAAGAGAUCGAUCAGCACACCGCGUCAUGUCGAGGUUCUUGUCGUCGCCGACUGGACAAUGACGUUGUUUCAUCAGGACGGCGACGUCGAGACUUAUCUGCUGACCAUUAUGAACAUGGUGUCCUCACUCUAUCUCGACCCCACCAUCGGCAAUUUCAUCAACAUCGUCGUCGUCAAAAUUACUCUCAUCGAGGACAAAGAAAAGGAGAAAGAGCUCAACAUCUCGGACAGCGCGGACGACACCCUGUACCAUUUCUGCAAGUGGCAACAGGAGCAAAAUCCCGGCGACGAUUCGCACCCGAAUCAUCACGACGUGGCGAUUCUGGUGACGAGGAGGGACAUUUGUUCGCGCAAGAGUAUUUGCAGCACCUUGGGAGUGGCGCAUGUAGCCGGCAUGUGCCAACCGGAUCGCAGCUGCAGCGUCAACGAGGACAAUGGGAUCACGUUGGCGCACACAAUCACGCACGAAUUGGGACAUAAUUUUGGAAUGUACCACGACACGGAAAAAAUCGGCUGCAGUAAACGCGACGGUGACACCUUGCACGUGAUGACACCUUCUUUUGAAGUGGACGCUGUCGGAGUCGCUUGGUCCAGGUGUUCCAGGAGAGAUAUCACGAACUUUUUGGACCAAGGUAAAGGCGACUGUUUGGAAGACGAACCGUCGGACAAUGAUUAUUACACAUAUCCGGACUUACCACCCGGCGCUAUGUACAACGCCGAGCACCAAUGUAGACUGCAAUUCGGUGUAAAGGAAGCCGCUGUCUGCUCUCCGUUGCAGGAGAUAUGCUCGAAACUUUGGUGCAUCGUGGACGGCACGUGCAGCACUAUGCUGCAUCCGGCAGCCCCGGGAACGCACUGCGGGAAACACAUGUGGUGUCAAAACCAGGAAUGCGUGCCCAUCGUCGAUCGACCGCGGCACAUCGAUGGCGGCUGGGGUGAGUGGGGCUCGUGGAGCAAGUGCUCGAGAACUUGCGGCGCCGGUGUCUCGAUAGUCGAGAGGAAAUGUGACCAUCCGGAGCCGGCGCACGGCGGAAAGUUCUGCAUAGGCGAGAGACGCCGCUACAAGAUCUGCAACACGAAGCCCUGCCUGGAAGGCAAGCCGAGUUUCCGCGCGGUGCAGUGCAGAAACUAUAACGGCAAAGAGUACAAGGGAAAGAACUACACCUGGCUGCCGUAUUUCGACCAGAUGGAGCCUUGCGAACUCUACUGCACCGACACGGACGAAAGCGUAAUCGUACCUUGGGGAGAAGCUGCGCUCGACGGUACCCCGUGCAAUGUUGGUACCAGGGACAUGUGCAUCGCAGGCAUAUGCAGGAAGGUCGGUUGCGAUUGGAUAGUAGAUUCCGACGCAACGGAAGACCGCUGCGGUAUUUGUCACGGCGACGGUACUCAGUGCGAGACUACCAGCGGCUUUUACAACAAGAGCGAAGGUUUGGGGUACAAAGAAGUGGUCGUGAUACCGGCCGGCUCGCGAAACAUCAAGAUCGAGGAGACCAGUCAGAGCACGAAUUACAUCGGCAUCGGCGCGCCGAAUUCCGACAAGUACUUCCUGAACGGGAAACGGCAGAUCACUUUGGCGGGCGAGUAUGAUGUCGCCGGGACGCCAGCAUUGUACGAACGUGAACAAGAUAAAGAGAAGAUCAGAAUCCCGGGACCCAUCAAGGAAGCCAUCACGGUCUACGCAAUUACCCGAAGUCCCUCCAGCGGCAACGAGGUGCAUUACGAGUACACGGUGCCGAAAAAGGAACCUAUACGCGCACCGGAAUACUCGUGGGUGUUCUCCGACUGGAGCCUCUGCACGGUCACUUGCGGCAAGGGCACUCAAACUUCGCAGCCGGUCUGUCACGAAAAAAAGAGUGGCAUCGUCGAGAACCACUUCUGCGACGGUAUAGAAAAGCCGCAGCCGCAGUCGCGUGAAUGCAAUUUGAAUUCGUGUCCCACGAGAUGGUGGGUCGGCCCGUGGCAGAUGUGCCCCGUUACGUGCGGCAAAGGCGCGCUGCGCAAGCGAUCGGUGAUGUGCGUGGUAUCCGGCACGGAUCGAGCGGACCUGGCCGUGCCUGAUCGCGAUUGCAAGAAGAACGAACGGCCGAAGGAAGUCGAGCCGUGUCCCGAUCUGCCGGUAUGCGGGCCCACCACGGAGGUGCCGCUGAUCGUGUACGCUGACAAUAAGGACACGUCGUUUUAUAACAUCAGCGACCAGGACGGCAUCACGAUAGUUAAUGGCCUCACCACCGACGAGCCGGAGAUCCUCGAGUUCGACAACGUCGUCGACGAGAACCCGGACAAUUCCAUGUACAACACCAGGCCGAAGUGGACGGUAUCGAAAUGGAGUCACUGCUCGAACGGCAAGAGAAGCCGGAAAGUCACCUGUUUCGUGCCGGGCGAUUGUAAUCCGGAUAACAAGCCGGCCAGCGUCGAGGACUGUCGCAGCGGAAAAUGGAUCACCGGAAAUUGGGGAACUUGCAACGCGACUUGCCUCGUAAAGUCCGGAGUUAAACAGAGGGAAGUGCAGUGUCGCGAUCGAGCGACGAACUUGCUGUCCGACGAUUGCAACCCCGAGAAAAGACCGUUCGACACGAAGCGCUGUUAUUACCGGCGGCAGUGCUACGAGAAAUAUGAUUGCAAGAAUGGCAUACCCUCGCCGGCCGUGUGCGCGAACUACAGACGCAUGUGUGAAGCAUCAUCGAUCGCAAAGGAAAACUGUUGCGCCGCAUGUAUGAAACGACGGCGACACGUCCGUCACAACAGACGUCACAUAACCGCCGAGUGACGAAGUAAAAAGCCGAGUCUGCAAGAGUCCCGUAUUUUGCGACUCGAAAGAGAAGAAUCUUUGCAGGGGACCCGUCCGUCCUACCUUGUCCAUACGUCGAAUUAAGAUAUUAAUUAACGAUAUCGAUAGAUUCAAGUUUCAUGUUUAACAUGUGCAACGACGAUAGUGAAAUGCGCGACAGAGGGUGAUAUUACGAGAUUAUAUUUUGUAACUUUGUACCACACACACGUAUACAUAUAUGUUUAUGUAUAUUUUGUACGGAGAUAUAACCCUAGAGUGCCUUAUUAGCGUGCCUUAGGUUUCGUUAGGAUACUAAUUAAAAGAAUCGUUAUAAACGCCAAAUAUUUUUCGGUAUUUUAGUAGAAUAACGUUCGACAUUAACAGAAGAGACUAAUGUUGUUAGAAAAUUUUUAUACGAUAAUAAAAAAGAAACAAUUCUUAUGUUAUGAAUCUGGUUCAUCGCACUUGCCAUGUUACUCGACAUUUCUUUCGGAUAAACAAUUUUCUUUUACUAAUACCAGUAAGUUUUUAACAAUAACACUUGUAACGUUUUUCUGUGAAAUUAUUAUAACGCGAUAAAAAUUGUUGUAUUUUUAUAACUGUAUGGCUAAGAGAACCUUCGAAUACGUAACACAGUAAGAUCUAGGAUAUUUAAUUGUUUUAGGAGUAAGAUUGAAUGUUCUUAUCUGGCGAAUUCAAAGGAUAAAUUUCUUAAUCGAAUAUCCACGCUUGAUAUAUGAAUGUCCGAAAUAAUUCACAAAUAAUAUUUUUGUAUGCUUUUUUUAUAUUACGAUAUCAUGAAACUUUUCCCGUCUAUUUCGACUUAAUUAGCGACAAAAUACGCAAUGAAGUAGCGUUAACUAUUAAUCCUUACGAAUAGUUUAUACGUUACUAUAUUU